CUCACGUGAAAAAGAAAAAAUCACUUCCGGUUUUGCAACCCCGGGAACCGGCGGCGUCGAUCGGCUCUUUAAGGCCUUUCUCCGAAGCUCCGCCUUCGCUUGGGUCUUUCUAGAAAGGCAGCUUUGGUCUGGACCGAGCGGGGCAGCGUCCCGGGCUCCCGAGUGUCUCCCAUGGCGGAUACGACCCCGAACGGCCCCCAAGGGGCGGGCGCUGUGCAAUUCAUGAUGACCAAUAAACUGGACACAGCAAUGUGGCUUUCUCGCCUGUUCACAGUUUAUUGCUCCGCUUUGUUCGUUCUGCCUCUUCUUGGGUUGCAUGAAGCAGCAAGCUUUUACCAGCGUGCUUUGCUGGCCAAUGCUCUGACCAGUGCUCUGAGACUGCAUCAGAGAUUACCUCACUUCCAGUUGAGCAGAGCGUUCCUGGCUCAGGCCUUGUUAGAGGACAGCUGCCACUACCUGCUGUAUUCACUCAUCUUCGUCAACUCCUACCCUGUUACAAUGAGUAUUUUUCCAGUCUUGUUAUUUUCUUUGCUCCAUGCUGCCACAUACACUAAGAAGGUCCUGGAUGCAAAGGGUUCAAAUAGUUUACCUCUGUUGAGAUCAUUCUUGGAUAAAUUAAGUACUAACCAACAAAAUAUUUUGAAAUUCAUCGCUUGUAAUGAAAUAUUCUUGAUGCCUGCUACAGUUUUUAUGCUCUUUAGUGGCCAAGGAAGUUUGCUCCAGCCUUUUAUAUAUUAUAGAUUUCUUACUCUUCGAUAUUCCUCUAGAAGAAAUCCAUAUUGUCGGAACUUGUUUAAUGAACUGAGGAUUGUGGUUGAACACAUUAUUAUGAAGCCCUCCUGCCCACUGUUCGUGAGAAGACUAUGUCUCCAGAGCAUCGCCUUUAUUAGCAGACUGGCACCAACAGUUGCGUAGUUUAACAUCUAGUUAAGCUGUGUUUAGAAGAUUAGCAUUAUUAGCUGGUAAUUCUGAUAGGGGUCCCAAAUUACAGGUCUAACACUGACCUCAGUCCAAUUUACAUGAUUUACAUGAAUGCAUCUCAGUGCAAAAAUAAUAAUUUUCCUGGCAUGUUAAAUCAAGCCUUUAACACUUUCUGAGAAAAUUUUACUGUUUGUGGUUAUGUAAGUUUGUAUUUAGUGAUAAAUGUUACUAAAUUGUUUUAGAUGCUGCUGUGCCUACAUCAUGAAAUACAUUUAUUUCUUUUAAAAAGAAUUCUGAAAUUUGUUUCCCCUAACUAUUAACCCACAUUAUGUCUGGAGUGAGUUAUGGUACUAGAUGAGUUGAGUAUGUUUGGAGACAGUAGUUUUCCAUUCUGUAAUUUGGGUUGAGAUUUUAGCAGAAGCACAUCCCCCUGCAGUUUCAGUUCACACUCUACUAUGCUGCUUUCUAGGACAGGUGUGUUUAGCCUGCACCAUAACAGAGAAGUCUGUAUUCGUUUUAUGACCUGUGAAGCUGUUGUUCCCAUAGUGCAUCUGUGGCUUUGAAUGAUGUUUGAAAAAUGGAUUGACUGUACACCUCUUUUGAAUUAGAUCUUUGGGGCCAUGUAAUCAUUUACUGUAGAAGACAGUAGUGACACAGAGACCUACUGACUAACUUUUAUAAAUGUCAACCAGUAGAUUAUCAGUGUUUCUAUAGUUUGUAGGAUUACAUAGUUCCAGAAUAUUGACUUUAGUUUUCUUGGUUUCUUAGGCUUGAAAUUUCCUAGCCAUGUGCAGCAGCAGUUCAGAUGCCUCUGAAAGGAUAGGAUUGAAGACAGCAUGUGAUUGCACUUGUAUGUUCUGAAAUAAUGAAGAAUAUUCUGUAGAUACAUGUUUACCCAGCAAAUGCGGUUCAGAGGGUUUAAUGGAAAGGGUUAUGGGUAAGGCAAUUCAUGGGGAACGGGCCUGGGGAGUAGUUGAGGGCAGUAAUGGGUGUUUCAGCCUGGUAACGCAUACUUGAGUUGGGGGGAUUGGAUGUACAAUGCAUCUGUGAUUGAGGCUGUGUAAUAUGUUCAAUUCUAUUCCUUUAUAAAAGUCGUUCUGAUCCUUACUACUCACUGUUGCAUGAUUGGAAGUGCUUAAAACACUGCACAACUUUAAUAUAGAGUAAUGUAGUGUGGCUUUUUUUUUUUUUUUAAAUACCCAGUUCUAUCUGCAUGUAAUUUGGAUUUUUCAAAUACAUUCAUUAGUAACUUAAAACAUGAGUUUUCUUUUUGUUGAAGUUACUAAUCUAUAGAAAGGUGAUAGUCUUGGUAGAUUUCCAGAAAAUACUACUUGAUAGCUCAGCUUUAACCAGCUACUUUUAUAUUUUUGUAAUAUUUAUCCACCAAGUUGGAGAAGCAACCUCAUAAUAUCCAGUUAAUUUUUUUAUGUGUGUGCCUAGCCUCCUUAUCACUAUGUUUUAAGAAUACAACUUUGUAGAGCAAUAAAGUGACUAUCUUGUUAUGUAAACAUACUGAUUUCUAAUGAUGUUUUUAAAACAUUGUCUUGAAUGACAUCAAGUUCUGGCAGCUAAAGGCAUAUUUAUUUUGAAAUGUUUUUUCUCCUACGUUUUUCCCCCUAAUCUUGGAACAUUUUAGAUUUAUAAGAACUUCAAAAAUAGUGCUGAGAGUGCCUAUGCACCUCUUACUUGUCUAUUUUUAUAUUAGCAUCUUCUUUUAAUUGGUAGGACAUUUAUGCAAAGUAAAAUACUAACUUUGGAUCAGCUAAAGUACAAGAUGCGUUUGUAUUUCACCAACUCUUUCAUUUGUGUCGUGUGUGCACUGUGUUGGUACCUGGGUUGCCUUUUAUGUUUCAAGGCCUGUAAGUGAGUUUGUUCUUUAUGGUAUUGGUCCAGAAACUUUCCUUAGAAGAGCUAAUUCGUGCUGACUUUAACAAGAAUUUUUUUCUUAAAAUUGUAAUUUCAAAUGCUUAGUGAUAUAAUUAAGACUCUUUAAUGGCAUUGCAGAAUUUCAUAAUUUUUGAUAACUUGUGCAUGAGUGAAAAUGUAUAUUUGUUCCUUAAGGGAAGGUGUAGUAUAGUCUCAAGCCCAUAAAAAGGCAAAUUUUAUAAUUUGAACAUGAAUAGAUGCUAGUUUGCAUGAAGUUGCAGUUAGAAAUAUUAUACUCUGUGUGAAUAUGUACAACCAGCUGAUCUCAAAUCUGAAAUUAGUGUUUCCAUGUACACACGUCAAAAGUGAGGACGUGACUAGUGCAUAAAGUGGGUGUAGCAGGGGAACUUUAAUACUGCAUAACUAAGCAGUUUAAAGGAAGUUGAUUGAUCAAGCAGAAUAUCUAGUGCUUUAGAAACUGGAAUGGUGCUGGCGUGUUUUUAAACCUUGUGGACAAGUGGAAGCUUCAGACAAAGUCUCUUGUUUUCUAACAAGCAUUCAAUCUCUUCUGCAUACUUCAUCUCUCACCCAGUUGGCUGUAUUUUAAUAGUAAUCCAUAGAGCAAUUUCUUCAGUAUAAUUUGUAUUUAAAUUUCCUUGAAAUAAAAUUUCACUAAGGGAGAUGCUUUUGAAAGAAAAGCAAGAGAGAAAGCUAGUUUUAAAGAUUAAGUUGAGAUGCUUGUAUCUGUCCCUGACAGAGAAUGUCAAGACAAGCUAGUAACAAACCUGAAGUUCUGGGAAGUGAGUGGAUGCUGUUAAAUAAGAACCGCAUCGUUCUCAGUCGGUAUAGAGAUGUAGACAGAAAUUUGAAUUAGGGUUGUAAGUUUAGCGAAUAACCUGGAUAGGAUCACAAAUGUGUAUAUAAGAAGACAAAGCAGAAGCCAGGUAUCUAAACAUUUCAGAUGGGAAAGUGAGCACCUGUGAUUGUAGUUUAAAAAACAAAACAAAAACACUCAGGCAAUAUAUUGGAAUUUGUAUUGACUAACUCACCCAGGGAGAAAUUAGCUGUGGAGAGUUAGCUUUAUGAUCGGUAGGUGUCACUGUUUCCUUGGGUCGUCCCCAUUUUCACAAGUUGGGUUAGAAGACUAUGCUGUGCUACUUAAAGUGCUUAGUAGGCUAUGACACUAAGUAUUUAUGUGUGCUGCGAGAUGGGAAUGGGGGUUGAGCCCAGGGCCCCUUGUUCUACUACUGAGUUAUAUUCCCAGCUUAUGAGUACCAUUUUAUAACAGUAAAACAUUCAAAAGAAGUGUGUUGUCAAUACAAGCCAGGAAAACAGGGCCCAGUCUGGAGUGGUGUGUGUGUUCGUGUCUCUUCAUUUCAUUCUCAGCCAGUCAUCCAAGUACGUAAAUUGUUAAGGUUAUUUUUUCCCUUUUUCAAAUGUUCAAAGAAAUGAUAACUUUUCUAAUAUAGAAAGAUGGAAUUUUAAUUUUUUUGUGAUUAUUUUGUAGGUAUACUAGAUAGAAUCAGUUAAACUACAAUUGAGAUUUAUUUUUUCCCCUGUAAUUUGAAAGCACUUGAGUGUUUGGAAACUACUAUAUCAGUAAUACUACCUAGGUUUGAAGAUCGAGUGUAGUUUAUAAAGACAACAAAUUUUCGUUCUGCCACUGGAAUUCCCUGGAUCAGGGAAGUUCAACACUGGCCAUGUGUUGGUGUAGCUCAGCAGGCACUACAUAGCUUUGGAAGCCCGGAGUUGUUUCUCAGCAGCUCCUUAGUGCACAUGGUCUUUCAUAGUUUGACUACAGAGCCAUUCUUGGAGCUGGUGUCUAUCAAGGAUAUCAAAGGAGCUGCUGGGAAUUUGAAAGGUUUCCUGGAAUUAGUUAAUCAGUGUGAUUUUUGGGAUUUUUGCAAUGGCACUUAGGUGGCCCGUUCAGAAUGGAUGGAAUCUCGGGUAAAGGCUUCUCUUUGUGAUGCACAUGCCAUGUAACCAGCCCAUACUGAGUGUGAGUCAGUAGUGACAGACAGCAUGCAGUAAGUAUUCUCUGUAUCUCAAGUGGCUCUUCCAACCAUAGGAAAAAGAUUAUUGAUAGCUGUGUUUGCUAGAGCCUUUUAACGACUCUAUUGGCUAUUGUAGGAGAAAGAAGGGCACAAGAAUCAUACCCUUUCCUUUCCUCCCUUCCCCCUGAGACGGGGUUUCUCUUUGUAGACCUUUGAACUCAGGGAUCCUCCUGUCUCUGCCUCUGCCUCCCAUCUUUCCUAGUUUUUUAAAGGUACGUUAAAAAAAUAGGCUCAGCAUUUUUUAAACUAACCUUGUUCAUAACAUUUAAUUCCAAACGUUUACUAUUAUUUGUAACUUUAAGAACAAUUCCUUUUGGCAUUAUUUUUUGUCUACACGUAUCUGUAAGUUGAGACCAAAAGAGCAAACUCUUAGCCAGGCAACACUUACAAUUUGUAUAUAUUGGAACAAAUAUACAAGGCUUGCAGAGAUUAGCAAUACUCAUAGGAACUGUUUGAUUUAUAACUGCAUCGCUUCUGGUGCUUGAUACAAUGGGAUCUAUUGAGCUAAAAAAAUUGUAUAUACAGUACGUCAGCACUUCUUACUAACUUCUCUUGAAUCCAUUUUUAAUAUAUUGUAUAGGUUGGGGAGUUAUAUAUACUCUUCAAGCCAUUAUUAUCCUGGCUAUAAAUUUAUAAAAUAAAUUGAAAAAUUCAUCACUCUCCUGUAUUCAAGACCAAAGCACAUAAUGCUAAUGUAGGGCUCAGAGGAGAAAUAUAGUUCUCCUGCAUAUUUGAGAAAACGUGGGGUCCUUUCAAGAAAAUGUCAUAAACAUAAUAAUCGUAGCCUGCUGACACUAAGGAAAAAGGCCUCAUUCGCUCUUUCUUUUAUGCAGCAAUUUACUGGUCCCUGCUGAUCUUCAAAUUGGAUCACUGUAGUAAAUUAUCCACGCUGGUACUGGUGGAAGUAAGCCCUAGGAUCCAUAUUUGUUUUGUGUUCUGCUUAAAUCAGCAAGAAUGAUAAAUUCGAUGGUGUGAAAUUGGAAGUAUCAAGAGCUUUCUUUGGUGACUGCACAAAGUCAUGUCUCCACCUGGAAUUUAUUGUGACCUUUUUUCACUGUAUGUACUUCGUAUGUCUAAUAUUUAUUUCAAAACAAAUUAAAUUGUUCUUCCUUCAUCUAUAAUGUUUUAUCUAACAUUUUAUCGAUGUAAAGUCAAAUUGUGUAAUAAAAGUCUUCCUGGAUUUAA